GGAGGGGAGGGUGGCGAGGACGGCGUCUACGAGGUUCUGGAGGAAGAAGGGCGUGUUUGUGCUCCGGCGACUGUGGCAGCAAGUGUGCAAUUAUCAUAACGCUCGGCUGCGCGAGGACGAGAAUGCAAACUUGGUGGCAGAAAGAUUCGAGAUGAAUAUGCCCGUCGACGAUCACGUGCAAUGUCUUGGUUUUGCUCGGAUUCUGGUCUCGAGCUGGUUUGGAGGUGAGGCGAGAGCUCGAGUUCGAUGCCUGCCAUAGAGCUGGCAAUUGCGCAGCUAGCGGCAGCGGGAUUGGAUCACCUGGCAGUUUGGAGGAGGCCGAGGGCAAUGCUCCGUCGAGGUCGACGACGGGCGUGAGGAUUUUAUUUUGGGCCCAGAAUGGAGCAGCCAGGGUUUCUUUUUGUUCCGGUAAGAGGCUUCCGUCAGCAGGGGUGGGGAUUGUGAAUGCUUUCGGCGGACGGAGGAGGCCGGGCGAUGGCAGUUUGUAGGGCGUGGAGGGUGGUUGGUCGAGCGCUCGAGGGCGAUCAUCAGUGAGGAUCUGCAACUCGCUGUUUCGAUGUUGAUGGAGAGCUUCUCGCCAUGCUGAGUGAGUGUGCGUUUCCUCCUAGGGUGCCUGAUUGCUGUAUCCACAGCAGUUGGUGCCGCGACAGCGUCGCCUCGCCACCUUUAGACGGUUUGAAUUUCUUGGAGAGUAGUAGCGGAAGGCACGAAGUGGAACCUUAUCACGAGUACGACGGGGCUGGGAUCACAAAAGGUGCGGAGUUAGACAAGACCGACGAUGGAGCAGGACCUUCGUCGAACUCCGGAGUUCCGCUUGUAGAUGGAUUUGGUGAGCGAGAAAAAAUUGGUCUCGUCAAUUUGGACUGGUCGCCCUCUGUGAUGACCAAUUCGGACUUCACGAGUAUCCCCUUGAGCGAGCGGGGCUCUAGUGAGAUCCGUAGGGAGUGCUCUUUGGAAGAAGUUGGUGCUGCUGGCACCCUGGGGCACGCCGCACGGGAGAACAGAUGUGGUUUCAUUGAGAAACGAUCGAAAGGAUUAGAGAAGGCCCCUCUGAGAAGUGGGGAAGUUGCUAAAGCAACGAGUCUGAAGAGGCCUCUUCAGGAUCGUCCCGAGGCGCCUCUCAGGAAGAGGAUACAUGUCUGUGAAAGCAACUUCGGUGCAGACGAAGGAAGGAACGGCAAUGAUGCUGCCGGAAGUGUCAGGUUGUCGUCUGCAGGAGGAGACAUAAAUUUGGGUGCAAGGUUGAAACCUAAUUCGGUAGGAAAUGGCGUGAACAGGGAAGGUGUAGAUGACGACGACGGGGACGAGGGCGUCGAUAAAGUUUGCACCGAGGAUUUUAUGGAAGUUCAGCUCGAGCAACCCCUCAGCGAAGGGCAAAAUGCGGUCGUGGACGAAGAUGUGGAAAUGACAGAGCUAGAUGAAAGUGCCGAACACGAGGCGCCCGAUACCUCCCUCCUUCAAGGGGCAAGCAUAUCGGCUUUAGAAAUCGACCAGACGGAAGAUGAGUGUCCUGGGACCUCAGAUAAGGUCGAGGAGGGAGACUUUCUUAGGCCAGUGAAGCCUUCAGAAACGCAGGUACCAGGCGUUGCCUUCGAAUCUGCCGGACGAGAGGCAAAUUCUCAACAUUGGUGGGAAGGCCUGGAAAAUGAGUUGACGACUAGUAGAGAAACCGACACUAGGGAGCAAUCUCCAAGAGUGUUGGUUUCGGAUGUACCAGACGAAAUUGGGGAGUUUUCCUUUCGGCCCUUGGAUGUAGCCGAGCAGAUUUGUGAUCUGCUGGGUUUGGAAACUGGGCAGGAUAAUCAUCUGCGUGAUGAAUUCGAGGAGGCUUCUGCCGGGAGGAGGGAUGAAGGCAGAAUAAACGAGGAGAAGGAAUCCAGUAAGCAUGUUGAUCUCUCCUCAGAAGACGAUGAACCGAGAUCUAGGAAUGGUUACCCACAUGAGGUAAUCGAAGUUGAAGAUAGCGACGAUGAACCCUUGGAAAUGAAUGCUUACGAAAGUGAUGGUAGCUCCACCAAGGGCACAAAGCCUGUUACGAGGCCGUCUGUUCCUCGAAAUGGACUGAGGAGGUCCACUUCACAGUCUACUUCCGCGUCCUACAGCCCAGAUGAGGAGAGCGAUUCUGAUGACUGUCAGAUAGUCGGAGAAUCGAACCCUAAGAACAGUACUCACGGGCUGCAAAGAAACAGAGCCGAUAGCGAAGGCCAGGACGAUGACAGCGAUAGUGACGAUGACAGGAGCGAGGACAGUGAUUCUUCCGACGUCCAAGUGGAUGACGGUAUUCAUAGCGAAAUUCAAAGAGGUUGGGAGGAAGCAGCCAUGAGGAGGAGGAUGGGACGAGCAAUGAAAAGCGCUGGAUCCAAGGUCAAUGGGGAGCGUGAGGCAACUGCCGAUCUCGAUCUGGCUGAAGGUGCUAAGUCUGAAGGUCUGGCUGAGAGCGUCGCCACGUCAGCUUACAGGGAUAGUCCCGAUUCUACUGCAGAAUCUUCGGAGGCAAGAGGUGGUGCAGAGGGAUUUGUAAAUCCGAUCGACGGCCAGUUUGGGGCCACUUUAGCUCCAGAAUCGGAAGGUAGAAUACUGAAUGAGACUCUGAACAAGAAUGACAUUUUCCCCCCUAGCACAGAAGCCAAUGAAGGGGAUAACCACCAUCUGAAUAUGGUGAAUGGUGGUAAAAGUCAGUCUGGAUUCCCCCUAGAAGAACAAAAUGGGCAUGAGAGCAGCCGACUGGAGCCAUCAAGCAGUAUGGAUGUACGAACUCCAACUGCAAGUGAGCUCAGACGAAAUAAUGCUGAGGUUGCUGAUGGAGACUUGAUAGCCCUAAGGGAAAGACUAAAGCAGACUCCAGAGUUCAUGCAGGCAGAUGAACAAGAGUGGGCCUCUCGGCAACAGGAGCUUCAACGGCAGCAACUAGAAGCUCAAAAAUUGCGGCAGAGGAAAAGGGUUGAGGCGGAUCGGAAACUAGAAAUGGAGAGAAAGCAAAAGCAGCGUGUGCAAGAGUUGCGGCAGAAUCAGAUGAAAGCGGAAAAGGAUAUGGAUGAAAGGGAGCAGCUACGAGGCCAGGUGCGAGAAAGGUUGGAGAAUCUAGCCUCCAGGUGUUCGGAUCUUGCUAGUCUUCUGCGUCGUCUUGGCGUCAUCGUCGAUGGAGGAAAUAAUCCCUCGGAUCAGCAGGUGAAUGCAGCAUUCAAGCGUGCGCUUGUAAAGUUCCAUCCGGAUCGAGUUUUAGAUGCAGAUCCACGUCGCCUGGUGGAAGCCGAGGAGACUUUUAAAUUGAUCAAUCGAACGAAGAAGACCCUUGAUGGGUAUGAUCCAUUCCGAUAAAGAUGUGGAACCUACUCCUAUGAGUAGUAAUAUGUAAUAAAAUUCUCGCAGUUCAAGUAUAGCUCAGUCCGAAACCAUGGACCUUUUCUGUAUCAUAGACCUUGCAACUGUGCUUGGGCCUCGAAUGGACAAGCAUUUUGAAGACAGACCGGCAAAACGCUGAGAUUAGCAAAUUCGGUCGAUAGUCGUCAACUUGUGCCUUUUUGCAGGAAGCAAGAGCACUUGAAGCACAAUUACGAUGGACACUGAUCAGCUUGUUUUUUGAGGCUGCGUUGUGCACAGUUGUCUGUUUUGGACUCAUAAUUAUAGAGACAGAAGCAAAUGUAGAUAGUGGAGAGAAAUCAUAGAGGAGUCCAUAUUGUUUACCGUCGCGUUCUUUUGCUUGUCUUAUGCUUUUACGUUUCAGAUGGCUAUUUGCCUGUUACUGGAUGCUAUUGAAUGAAGAAGUGUCGAGUGUCUUAGAUUUUAUGAUUUUGAAGAAGGUGAGCUGGCAGAGGCACGUGAAUGGCUAUGCCGUGCAUUACGUGCCUCUGCCGGGUGCACAGAACUUCGGUGUCUGGGCUUAGCAUUUGUCAGUAGAUGUCUCAAGGUACGCCUCCAACGUUUUGUGACUCCCAUGAUCCUCUAUGAUGUCAAUUCAAUAACGGGCUUCAAGGUCCAACUAAUGUCGAGCAUCUUUAU